UUUCAGAUGAUUAUAAAACGGCUAAACUUUUCGUGUAGACUUUUCUCGACGGCUUCAACUUCUACGAGCUAUGAGAAAACCCCAAUACAACCAGCAACAAAAUGUCUUCAACUUGCAGUUAUCGGAGCUCCAAAUGUUGGAAAAUCACUUCUAACGAAUUCACUAAUCAGGUGUCCUUUAUCAGCAGUUAGCAGUAAAAUGGACACCACGACAAGGAACAUCUCUGCUUCAAUCUGCAGCGACUCCACUCAACUCGUGUUUGUCGAUUCUCCUGGAGCUGUUAGUACGUCCCAUGUCCGCCAAACCAUGAAGAAAACUAGUGCAACAAGUGGAGAUCGUGUGCUUCAGGAUCCGGAGCGAGCCCUCCAACGAGCUCAACACGUGCUCGUUGUGCAAGACUCGACAGCACCUGGAGCAUACAUUCAUCAUCGUGUUCUUCAUAUGCUUCACAGAUAUUCGCAUGUUCCAAGUAUUCUGGUGAUGAACAAGAUCGACUUGGUUAUGAGAAGAUCCGAUUUAUUACCUUUAGUUGAAAUUCUCACUAAUGGUCAAUUAUCCGACAAUCAACAAAUUUCUACAAAGCCUGCUCAAAUUGGACGACUUGGAAAAUCACUCUCCACAAAUAUUCAAUCAUCAUCUUCCUUCAAACCAUCCGAUGAGAAAUGGCAGAGCCAAUUUCGAGAGCUUAUUCAGAAACCCACGUGGAAAUGCAGUUAUUCUGAGACACGUUCCUUAUUCCGUACGAUUUGUGGAUGGUCUGGAUUCGAACGUGUCUUCUUCGUUUCUUCGUUGAACGGAGAGGGUAUUGAUGAGUUGAGAGAUCAUUUGAUGAGCAUCUCUCCACAGGGAGAAUGGAAAAUGCAAGAUGGAAUGCCAACUGGAGAGUCUGCCCAACAACUUUGCAUUGAUUCGAUCCGUGCUGCAGUGCUUGACACAACUCCAUCCGAUGUCGCGUACACUGUACAAAUUCGAAUUUCAGAAUGGGAAGAGCAGGGAGAAGUUUUGCAAAUUGUUGGAGAAAUACGGUGCCAAAAGCCAAGAGAUGGAUCCUUGAUAAUUGGAAAGGGAGGAAAACGGAUUUCGGAGAUCGGACGGCGAGUCAAUGAGCAUCUACAUUCAUUAUUCCAAAGACAGCUAUAUGCAAGAUUAAUUGUUACCCAUAACGGGAAAUUAAUUACCCAAUCAAAAUAAUCUUUUUUGUUUGUUUGUUAUUCUUUUGUAUUAGAUUUUAGUACUUUGUUAGUGUUAUUGUUAUGAAGUUGCAGUAUACUUUAAAUUAAACUAGUUUUUUUUUCUAUAUCCAAGUGUUUUUGAAUUGUUUUCGUACUUGAUAAAAACAUUGCAAACACACACUUACGCAUUUAA